CCCCUCGUUGCGGCCACUGUGGAGUCCUGGCGCUUGGUCCCCGGUCCAGGAACACGCAUCGAGUGACAUCGUCUUGGCGCCAUGGCAGCAGGCUGACAGCGACCCCUCCGUCCUCCCGAGUCCUGUCGCUGUCCCCGCUCGGCUCAUAAAUCGGGCAACGACUAUGGCGCGGAUGGGGAUUUCCCGUUUCGAUUUCCCUUCCUCUGCAUCUGAUUGGGGCGUCCUUGCGCUGGGCGUGCUCCCGCCGGCGAGGCCAAGUUCAAGUUCAACCCGUUGGGCGCCUUCCGUUGCGUCUGACGGUGAUCUAUAUCCGGGCCACAUGGAUAGGCGGAGACGCGCCGUCGAAUCGGCGGCGCCGGCGGCAGUUAUGGUGCUCUUGCUGCUGUCCAUCGCUCCUGCUGGGGGAGCAAGGAGAGAUUGGGGUUUCCGUUCCCCAUCUUCAUCUGUCGGUUUUACUGAGCCCAACACAAAACCCGAUGUCAAGAACAAUGGGCAGACUUUUGUUUUUAACUAUACUCUGGCCAAGGCUAUUGUGGAAUAUGCUUCAGCUGUAUAUAUGACAGACCUAACGGCUCUAUAUGCAUGGACAUGCUCAAGAUGCAAUGACUUGACUCGAGGCUUUGAGGUGACAUGUAUAAUUGUUGAUGUCCAGAAUUGCUUGCAGGCAUUCGUCGGUGUCGAUCACAAACUCAAUGCUAUCAUUGUUGCGAUAAGGGGAACUCAAGAGAACAGCAUACAGAAUUGGAUUAAGGACAUGAUAUGGAAGCAGGUUAAUCUUAAUUAUCCAAACGUGCCCAAUGCUAAGGUCCACACCGGGUUUUACUCUUCUUACAAUAAUACACUUGUACGUCCAGCCAUCACGAAUGCUGUUCGCAAGGCAAGGAAGUUACAUGGAGCUAGGGACAUAAUUGUAACAGGGCACUCGAUGGGAGGAGCAAUCGCUUCUUUUUGCGCGCUUGAUCUUGCCAUCCGCUUUGGAAGUAACAAUGUUCAUCUGAUGACCUUUGGGCAACCACGUGUUGGCAAUGCUGCUUUUGCCUCCUACUUUGCCAAACAUGUGCCAAACGCAAUCAGAAUGACACAUGAACGUGAUAUUGUGCCUCAUUUGCCCCCUUAUUUCUUCUUCCUCCCACGACUGACGUACCGGCACUUCCCUAGAGAGGUGUGGGAACAUGAAGUUGAUGGCAACACAACCUUUCAAGUCUGCGAUGGCAGUGGUGAAGAUCCAAACUGUUGCAGGAGCGUGUUUGUGCUGUUUUGGAGCGCUUCUGACCAUUUGACCUACAUGGGAGUUAAGAUAGAGGCUGACGACUGGAGCACCUGCAGAAUUGUCCUGGGGCGAAGCGCUGAGCAACUCCAAAUGAAUCUUGCCAGCAACAUUGUUACAUCUGGGCGCUCCGUUGACGUUGUCAUUGCAGACAAUAGCGUGCAGGUUGAUUGACGCAGUUCAGGCUAGUCAUGCAUAUAUAUAAGCUGUCGCGUUGCUAAGGAAAUAUUUGUUCCAUUUUGCUCUGUGUUUCUUUCAGGCAUGUAUAGCUUGUGAAUGUAAGCGCUGUACAGAAAACUGAUAGUUUCUUGGCUUCAUAUAUAGUUGUCUUUUUCAGCGUAGGCUUGUUGGUGCUGAACAGCCAAGCUCAUACGAGCUCGUGGGACCCAAAAGAUGUAUGCCUGAAUUUUUGCAAGCGUGCUGUACACUGUGCCUCUGAUGUGAACGCCA